AUGGAUGAGCUUCGUCAGCAGCUGCAGCAGCUGCUGCUGAGUCCGCUGGGCGACUCGGCGCUGCUGGCGCCCCAACGAUGCAUCGAGCUACUACAGUCCGCUGGCUGCUCUGCAGAUGAAGCGCUUGAACUCAUCAAGGACUACAAAGAUGAGCCACACAUCAGAGUGAAGGACUUCCUCGAGCUAUUGACACCGGAGGAGGCGGCAGAACCGUCUCAGGCAUACUUGGAGGUUCAAGAACUGCGCGGCCGUUUAGAGAAAGACCACCUUGACCCUGAGGAGAGUGGUUCUCUAUCUCGGCAGACCAUGGCCGACAAGAUGCGUCACAGCCUUGAGGAGCUGUUGUUGCGCAUCCCCUCCAGCAGUCAAGACUAUGCAUUUGUGCAGCUGAUGCUCCUCAUGUUGAAAGACGCGACUAGAUCAUUUGAGGCAGAAAUCACGAUGCUUCAGGAAGAGCUCAAAGAAGCACAGGCCGAAAAUGAGAUGCUGAAGAAGCAACUCGAGAAAGCAGAGGAACAGGUGGAAGAAGUCCAGAGAAAAGGAGCUACCACUGUGACCCUUCACAUCACGCUAAAAGAUCAACCGGCUGUGGUGGCAGACACGGGUGAUAUCACUUACCAUGGAAACAUUCGAGAUGAUGCAACGAAAUGUGUCAUCUCGUUUCCAGGCAAGUAUCCAUCCGGAUGGGGUGCCCUUGUCAAGGAACAUCAUGGCAAGAGUGUUGGCUGCGUUUUUCUGUGCACCCCGGAAGAUGGCCUUGGAACACACGAGCAAGACCCUGAUGCAGAAGACGGCUCUUGCUACUGCAAGGCCAUCUACGGUGAGAGAGGUUGGAAGGAGCUUGGCUACCUAAAAGUUGUGAAAUCUCCGUGCACAGAGGAAAACAUGUUGAAAGAAAAGGAGAAAGCAAAGCCAAUGGAUAUUGUCGUUGUAGCAGAAAGCGCCCCCGCAGAGGAGAGAAAAAGGGCUGAACAAGAAGCUGAGCAAAAGUAUGAGGAUAAUAACAGAAGAGCACCAUGGGGGUGUGCCUGGUUCCCUGCUUGGAUGAAGAAUGGCCACAAGGCAGUUGAGAAAGGGCAGGAGCUUCAGGUGGUGUUUUUCGCCGGGCAGAAAGGAGAAGGCAAGGUACAUUGGGACCAGCUGGCUACUGCCGAUCUGUGGGACGGAAAGGGUCUCGGUGGGUCCCAGAAGGGAGAGGUCGCCUUUUUGGAGAAGAUGUGGCGGGAAACCAAAAAUCCUGCAUGGCGAUAUGAAGAAGUGGAUGUGAUGCAAUUUUUGCAAAACGAGUUCCAGCUUGAGCAAGAGGUAGAUGCGCGGGACAAAGAAAAGAAUUGUUGGAGAAGAGGUCGCAUAGUUGGGUUACCCGACGCGAGCCAGACUGCCAAUGACUCCAAGUGGGUUGCAGAGUGGACGGUGGAGUGCAAUGAACACCGGGAGAAAUUCAAGUCCACCCAUUUGAUGCACACAACAGACCCCAUCGACAAGCUGAUUGACAAGGUCGGCCUGGACAACUUGCAGAAAAGGCUGGAGCAAAAUUUGCCGUAUGAUGUGGAUGUACAGCUUGUGUCAAGAACCAGGCUUGAAGAUGGAGAUGCUGCUUUGGAAGUUGAAGUCCAUGUUCCACAUGUCAAGGCAAUUCAUAUGCUGCGAGACCAAGUUCUUGGAGGUGACCUUGAGCUUCAGCUCAACGGAUCCCUUUCGAAGUUUCAUGACACCGAAUUCGAAGUCCAAGUGGACAAAACCGAGUUCAUGGAACGAUACGAGAGGAGUCUUUCAGCCUUGUCGAAACUGACAAAGCAUCAAGAAUCAAAGCUUCGGCAGCUCCAUAUGCCCUACAGCAAGGAAAUACAUAUGUCAGCUCCUGCAGGUGCAGGCAAAACGUUUGUGGCAGUGCUAUUCGCGCUCGACAAAAUCUAUGAGAACUGGGACGCCCGGAGACCGAUCCUUUACAUUGCUCCUCGCCCUUGCCUGGGACUGCAUUUCGUUCACUGGUUGGUUUCAAGGCAUGAAUGCUUGGGACUCAAAGGAGGAAAUGUUCAGGAACUGCUCACAAGGAUUGUAGUGAUGCACAAACCUUAUGAGAAAUUCGUCAAAUUGACUCUACAAGGAAAUCGACUUGUCGAGGAACAAGUGGAUGCUCCAGAGUUUGCGCUGGUGGUCUUUGACGAGGCACACGAGCUAUUCUCCGAGGAGCAGAUGAUGGCCAUCCACACCGACUUGCAGGCGGACCAGAAGCUUCUACUGUCCGACAUAUCUCAGUCUGCUGCCUUGCGCCCAAAAUUCCCACACAUCCAGCACCAAGUGAGUUUGGAUGAAGUGGUAAGGAGUACAAAGAGGAUUGUUGCAGCUGCGCAAGCAUUUGAACUCGAAAAGAAUGGAGGCGUUACCACUAGCUGCUGUGGGACCAACGGUCCACCUCUCAAAACAUUCAUGUUUGAGACUCUAAACCAUGACAAAAAGCUGUUUGAUCAAUACAGUCGUUACACGAUCCGAGCUAUUUGGCACGUUUGUCGAACCUAUCCCACCUUGAGAAACUUUCACCGGCGGAUUGCGAUCAUUGUGCCGGACAACAAGUUCCUUGAGAAGUUCCAGCCGAUGCUUCAAAGUGAACUCAGCGCUACGUUCACUGCCCGAAACCUUCGGGUAAAGUCCUUCGAGGAGUCAUUGCGCUACUUGCAUGCACAUCACCAUCACCAAAAAGCAGCCGAGGAUGAAGUCAUUGUUAUGGACACGAUCGAAGAAGCCAGAGGGCAAGAAAUGAUGGUUGUGAUUUGCGUUGGUUUGGACGAGGAAAUUGCUGAUACAAACAAGACUGAUACGCUUUUGACUCGUGCGCAUAUCUACCAAGGAAUCACAAGAGCACAGUUGAUGGCUAUUGUGGUAGACAAGCUCGUCCAAGGAGGAUGGCUUCAGUUUCUUGCGACCUUGAAAUUCAACAAGAAGGAAUUUGACUCAAGUUUGGCCUUUGGUGAGGUCAGCCCAAAGGCUGCAAGCAGUAUAGUAAAGAAGCAAGAGGAGGCCUCCUUGAGCAAAGUUGUCAAGGAACAUGGUGAUGAACUUGGUCAGACAGAAGCAGGUACAGGAGCCUCAGGACAGCGCAGUGAGGUUGCGAAGGAGCGCGGUGAUGGUGCUGAUCAGACAGACCAGUUUGCCUUAGCAGAUCAAGGGCCUGAACAAGAAAGCAGUAAGGUUGCCAAGGAGCGAGCUCAAGAUUCAGGGAGAUUUGAGACAUCAGUAUGGGAUACUGACAGUAAUGACAUCACCUCGCCAAGUCAACGAUUACUCUUUGACCCACGACUUCAUCAGGCUACUGAUGUGGCCGCUGCAGAUCCCACUGAGGAAGAGGCAGAUGCUGACUUGAUGGACACAGUGAAUGUUCAACAAGGCGUGCUGUUGGAGGUCUGGGGCUCGGAGGAUGAUGGUGCUUUCCUGUCGGGCGACUUCCUUGGCGAGUGCUGGCUUCCACCGCUGGGCUCCUUGACGGCGGCGUCCAAGCGCUAUGUGCUGCCCUUGACCAACGCGCCGCCCGAGACAGGCGCCACACGAUACCACAGCAAAAAGUUCAGCAAGGUGACCUGCGAAGGCCAUUUGAUCGUCGAUGCUUCUUGGACCUUCCCCAGCGAAACUGUGCCGCCCUUGCCCGACGUGAAGAGGGAGGAGAUCAUGCAUACUGGAAAACUGAAACUGAACAUCAUCAAGGCCGAAGGGCUCCGCGCACCCACCGACUUCCAACGAGAAGGCAACGAUGCCUAUGUGUGCAUGUACGUGAAGAAUGAGGCCUUCCUCCAACAGGAGAAGAUUCCCAAAGGCUUCGACGAAAACGGGUGGCACCUGACCGCAUUGGGCCGACACGAGCGCUACUGGACGACCGCCGUGAAGAAGGCGACAAGGAAUCCCGAGUGGAACGAAGAGAAGGAGUUCACGUUCUGGACUGGUGCCUUUGAACGGCGAACUGAGCAGGCCUAUCACUUGAAGCUGAUGUCGUGA